AUGGUUCACCGGCCGGCUGCAGCCGCCGAUAGGGCAGGCGGUGGGGCAGGGCGGAGCCGGGUCAUGGACCAGCCGGCCGCGGCGAGAGGCACCACCGGGAGGCGGCAUCAGCAGCAGGCGGCUCAGGAGCUGGUGCUGCGUCGGCUGCUGCCGUGCAACAAGGGCAAGGCGUGCCGGUUCAAGCGCACCUGCUUCAGCGACGAGGACGACGCCGCCUCCUCCGCCAUGCUCCUUCUCGCCUGCGUCGUCUGCGCCCCCUCCCUUUGA